UCAUCGCUCUCGAUUCAUUGUAAGGCUGCUGAUGCUGAUCAGCAGCGGAGGAAAAACCAAGGGCCAUGGAGACGGGUAUAAAAACCUUAGGCCUUAAUACAUUGUGGAGAUUAAUUACACGCUCUUCUGUCUACUAAGAUCAUGAGGAAGAGGAAGAACUGGAAACCACAGGAGGGCCUCUGUUCGUUUCUAUGAAGUCUCAAUGAAAGCAUUGGAGCAGCUGUAAUAUUUGACUCAAUGGCAAAGAAGGGACGCACCAAGGGCGAGAAGCCCGAAGCGCUCAUCUCUGCUUUACAGGCAGCUAACGAAGAUCUCAGGUCCAAACUGACUGACAUUCAAAUAGAACUUCAUCAAGAAAAAUGCAAGGUGAGUAAGUUGGAGCGUGAGAAGGUGCAGGAGUGCAAGCGCAUCCGGGAGCAGGAGCAGCACCGGCACACGGCCACGCUGACAGAGCAGCGAGCCAAAUGGCACGAGGAGAAGCAGAAGGAGCUCCAGGCGCUCAGAGAGAACCUGGUCCGCCAGCAUGAGCAGGAGCAGGCCCGCACCGCCAAGAUCAAGGACCAGGAGAACCAGCGGCUCAAGGCGGCGCUGAGCGCCAUGCGUGACGGCAGCGGAGAGAAGGUGCGCACAGCAUUGACCCUGGAGGCCAAAGAAGAGGCGCGGCGCUUCUUCGACGUGGAGAGGGUCAAGCUGCUGCAGGAGAUCUCCGAGCUCAAGCAGACCAAGAAGCAGACAGACGAGGCGCUCAGCACCAUGAUCCAAGCAGAUAAGAUGAAGGCUGGGGACCUGCGCUCCGAGCACCAGAUUCACCAAGAGCAGAUUUCCAAGAUCAAGUGGGACAGCGAGAGGGACAUCCGCAGACUGGUGGAUGAGAUCAAGUCUAAAGAGCGCACCAUCUUCUCUCUGGAGAAGGAGUUGGAGAAUGCCAUUGGCUUGUUGCAGAAGCUGCAGAUGCAGAAGGAUGCCCUGGACGACCAGCUGUUCCUGGUCAAGGAGGCAGAGUGUAACCUGGGCAGCCCCAAGAGAGAGAUCCCUGGACGGGCUGGGGACGGGGCAGAACACUGUGGCAGCCCGGUACGACAUAGAAAGGCAGAGGGGAACUUGGAAAUGGACAUGCGCAGGAACCAGAGGCGCAUGGCUGACCUCAACUCCACCAUCCGCAAGCUGGAGGACCGCAACUCACUGCUGGUGGAUGAGAGGAAUGAACUGCUGAAGCGUGUGCGGGAGUCUGAGAAGCAGUGCAAGCCCAUGCUGGAAAAGAACAAGGUGCUGAAUAAGAGGAAUGAUGACCUCAGCCAGACCCUGCAGCGCAUGGAAGAGAAACUUAAAGGCCUGGCCAAGGAGAACCUGGAGAUGAAGGAGAAGAUCAGCUCCCACCUGCCACUGAAGAAAGCCAACUGUAAGUCUCUGAAUGAUCUGGACCAGGCGCAUGAUGACCAGGAGAUUGAGUUCCUCAAGCUGCAGGUGCUGGAGCAACAAAGCAUGAUCGACGAGCUGACAAGAGAUAGGGAAAAACUAUUGCGGAAGAAGAGGCAUAAACGAAGCAACAGACCAAUAAAGAGACACAUUGUAGUGGACACCUUCUUUGGAUACGAUGAGGAAUCCAUGGACUCAGAGACGUCCUCCGUGGCUUCGUUUCGCAUGGACCGCACUCCAGCCACUCCUGAUGAAGACCUGGAUGAGGGACUGGUCAAUGAGGAGUCGGAGCUGCGCUUCAGGCAGCUGACCAGAGAGUACCAGGCCUUACAGAGGGCAUACGCCCUGCUGCAGGAACAUCAAGGGGGCCUUCUGGACGCUGAGAUAGAAGCUAAGGCUCAGGAGCAGCUACAUGCAGACAUUCUCAGGUACAAGGCCAAGAUAGAAGACCUGGAGAAGGAGCUCGCCCACAAAGGACAGGACUCCAAGUGGGUAGAGGAGAAACAGCUGUUCUUCAGGAGGAAUCAGGAGCUGCUGGAAAAGGUGGAGAAGUUAGAUGCAAAAUGUGGUCGACAGCAACAGGAGCUGCAAGACUCCAAGGACCAGAAUGAGCUCUUGGAAUUCAGAAUACUGGAACUAGAGGAGCGUGAGCGAAAGUCCCCUCCGUUUAAUCAUCUCCGCAUGCAUCCGUUCUCCGAGGGUGUCAGCGCCCUACAGAUCUACUGUAUGAAGGAAGGAGUGAAGGAUGUCUGUGUACCUGACCUGAUCAAGCUCCUAGACAUUCUGGGUGAUAAUGGGAACUUGCGAAAUGAGGAGCAAGUGGCCAUUAUUCAAGCUAGCACUGUCCUCUCUCUUGCUGAAAAGUGGAUACAACAGAUUGAGGGAACAGAGGCAGCGCUGCACCAGAAGAUGAUUGACCUGGAGCUCGAGAUGGAGAUGUUCUGUAAGCAGAAAGGCUAUCUGGAGGAGGAGCUAGACUACAGGAAGUCAGCCCUGGAUCAGGCCUACACGCAAAUCCAGGAGCUGGAGGCUACUCUCUACAACGCGCUGCAGCAGGACAAGGUGAUCGGGUACGGCGAGCCUCUGAGUGACAUGCAGAAGGACGAGCUACGUACGUCUGUGGAGAAGCUACGCAGACAGAUGCUGAGGAAGAGCAGAGAGUUCGACUGUCAGGUUCUGGCUGAGAGGAUGGAGCUGCUCCACCAGGCCCAUCAGAGAAUCCGAGACCUGGAGGAUAAGACAGACAUUCAGAGGAGACAAAUUAAGGAUCUGGAGGAGAAGUUUUUGUUUCUGUUCUUAUUCUUUUCUCUUGCCUUUAUCCUUUGGCCUUGAUGUCUGUGACAUCUCCUGCAGCAGAGACAGCGUGGAAACCUGGAGAUUGUGUUUGUGACUGCAGUGGGUUUUAUUUUGGGGAGAAGAGAGUCGACUUUGUGACUCAUAUUGUAACAGUGAGUGGAUAUGGAACUGUUGUGUGUUGGACAUGGCUGGGAAUUCACACCUGUUUGAUUUGGGACCUCACUCUGGGGAUAUACAUAAUGUAUGCUGCACUGCACUGGACUGAUCCUUGGACCAUGGAACUUCUCUCAACUCCGUGGGAUAACUGGAACAGAACCCUCAGUCGGAAAACACACACACACACACACCCGUGUAAACAGUCAUAUACACUGUACACGCUGAUACAAACAUACUGGAAACACACACACACACACGCAUGCACACACACACACACAUCAAUCCACUUUUAAAGACAAAGGAAACCAAAGUCUAGGAGAUCUUAUCUCUGCCAUGCAGGGGAACGCUACACCAUCCAUCUACUCCAAGACUACACCCUGGCUACAUACCGGCUACCCCCAGACUACCCCCCGACUACCCCCAGAGUAACCCCCGACUACCCUAGCCUACCUCCAGAGUACCCCCGACUACCCCAGCCUACCCACAGAGUACCCCCAGACCACCCCCCUUGACUACCCCCAGAGUACCCCCCGACUACACACAGAAGAGGACAGGAAAGACUGCUGUAGGCUACAUCAACAGGCCUCACCAGACCACAGUCCUUCCAACUCUCUCCCUCUCCUCUCUCUCUUAUAAACCUGAUCGGACGCUCUUAUGUGUGAAUGCACCCCUUCACAGGAGUGACGAGACAUGAUCAGGGCCUGUGAGUGUGGUGACUGACUGAUCUUAUGGUGACUGAAUGACUGAUCUGAUGGUGACUGUCUGAUCUGAUGGUGACGGACUGACUGACUGUUCUGAUGGGGACUGAGUGACUGUUCUGAUGGUGACUGUUCUGAUGGUGACUGACUGACUGUUCUGAUGGUGACUGUUCUGAUGGCGACGGACUGACUGUUCUGAUGGUGACUGACUGACUGUUCUGAUGGGGACUGACUGACUGUUCUGAUGGUGACUGACUGUUCUGAUGGGGACUGACUGACUGUUCUGAUGGUGACUGUUCUGAUGGGGACUGACUGACUGUUCUGAUGGUGACUGUUCUGAUGGGGACUGACUGACUGUUCUGAUGGGGACUGUUCUGAUGGGGACUGACUGACUGUUCUGAUGGGGACUGUUCUGAUGGGGACUGUUCUGAUGGUGACUGACUGACUGUUCUGAUGGUGACUGUUCUGAUGGUGACUGACUGACUGUUCUGAUGGUGACUAACUGUUCUGAUGGGGACUGACUGACUGUUCUGAUGGUGACUGUUCUGAUGGUGACUGACUGACUGUUCUGAUGGGGACUGUUCUGAUGGUGACUGACUGACUGUUCUGAUGGUGACUGUUCUGAUGGGGACGGACUGACUGUUCUGAUGGUGACUGACUGACUGUUCUGAUGGGGACUGACUGACUGUUCUGAUGGGGACUGACUGACUGUUCUGAUGGUGACUGACUGUUCUGAUGGGGACUGACUGACUGUUCUGAUGGUGACUGUUCUGAUGGGGACUGACUGACUGUUCUGAUGGUGACUGUUCUGAUGGGGACUGACUGACUGUUCUGAUGGUGACUGUUCUGAUGGGGACUGACUGACUGUUCUGAUGGUGACUGUUCUGAUGGGGACUGUUCUGAUGGUGACUGACUGACUGUUCUGAUGGUGACUGUUCUGAUGGGGACUGACUGACUGUUCUGAUGGUGACUAACUGUUCUGAUGGGGACUGACUGACUGUUCUGAUGGUGACUGACUGACUGUUCUGAUGGUGACUGUUCUGAUGGGGACUGUUCUGAUGGUGACUGACUGACUGUUCUGAUGGUGACUGUUCUGAUGGGGACUGACUGACUGUUCUGAUGGUGACUAACUGUUCUGAUGGGGACUGACUGACUGUUCUGAUGGUGACUGACUGACUGUUCUGAUGGUGACUGUUCUGAUGGGGACUGACUGACUGUUCUGAUGGUGACUGACUGACUGUUCUGAUGGUGACUGUUCUGAUAGGGACUGACUGACUGUUCUGAUGGUGACUGUUCUGAUGGGGACUGACUGACUGUUCUGAUGGUGACUGACUGACUGUUCUGAUGGUGACGGACUGACUGUUCUGAUGGUGACUGUCUGAUCUGAUGGUGACCCACUGACUGUUCUGAUUGGGAUGGACUGUUCUGAUUGUGACUGACUGAUCUGAUGGUUACUGACUGACUGUUCUGUGACCAGGAGACACAGGACAUGGGACACCCAGGAUAAUGUGUCUCCUCUGGUCUCAGACCAGCCGAAACAGCUCAGGUGAUGGCAGAGAUAGAGAAGUACGGGAGAGAGGAUCCACUAUGUGCUCACACACGGACCCACCAGAUAUCCUUUUCAACAGAAGACCAAGGAUUCUGUUUGUAGACUUUAACUGUCAUUUUUUAAACCAGCAGACAGAAUGGAAUUAGGUCUCUGGUUCUACUUCCUUUCCUUUUUUAAUAAACCAAAAGUCCCAGUCGAUCCCCAUGUACCAAGAUUUCCACAGAGAAAAAAGAAGACCCUCUAUAUGGCUGUGUAAUAUAUAGAUUUGUUGAUAUGUACAUGUGUCUUGAUGAUUUCUGUAGUCUCUUUUCUUCUUUCUGUGAAUAUGACCUCUUUCUCCUCUGCAGCUUGAACAGUAGAACUACUCAGCCGUUUCUAAAUACUCCAACGUAUGAAACACUCUGUUUAUUGUGGUGACAGCUGCAAAUCAACUUUACUUCCUCAAUUGUACUGAACUUAAAAUAAUUGGAAUAUCGAUAUUCUCCUCCACUCUUUUUCCUUUCACAUUCCCUCUCUUUUGUACUCUUUCAAGAUGGUCAAUUGUAGCCUACCAGCAGGAGUUUCAUGGUUUAUACUGAAUGACGAUUACUACUCCCUUUAAAUGAACAGUAAACACUACGUCCCAGCUACCUACCUGCAUCCUAAACAGCUUUGGCUGAUUCUGGUCAUUGUCUUCUCAGCAAAUCGAUCAGGAAUACUGUAAAACGAAAAGGAAUACUGUACCUCUUUCAGCAAUGACAUGCCUUUUUGCUCUACUGUAUUUGACUAACACCUCUUUCAGCACCAUGGACACCACAGGGGUCGGUUCUAACCAUCCCCAUCUCCCAACUGAAAUAGGAGAAAGUUGACGAAAUGUCUACCUGCUGGUUCUGCUUCUCUCCUUUCACCCUGACUAUGUUCUGGUCUUGCAAUAUUAACUACAUGUCCCUGUCCAACCCCUCACCCACCCACGCUAGCUCCCCCACCCGGCCCUAUUUAGCGGCCUAGCAACCCAAAGCAUCCCAUUACAUACCUGUACAUGUCCCACUUCUCUUACAUUACACUGUAGGAGAAUGAUUGACACUAUUUUGGAACAAACUCAGCCAUCUAGCGAUUGCCUUAAAUGCGCUUUCCCCAUCAAUUUGUAAGUUAUUUUUAAUGAUUAUGUUUUUGAUCAGUUAGUAUGAUUAUGUAAUGUUGUACAUUUCUUUUCACCGAGGACAUUGAUUUGUAUAUCUUUACCCUCCUGUCUUCCAACGAGAAUUUAACCCCCUCCUCUUCUUUCAAGUAUAUUAAACUAACAAAAAGGGAGAAUGAUGAAAAUAAAAGUUCAUGUCUUGCAGUUUUAAGUGUCAGUAUUUUUGUGACAUCUUAUUUCCAAAUCUCAUUUGUGGUU